AUGAUAUACUACAGGAAUAUCAGCGAUUGCCUGCGUUUCCUUGGAGCUCUGGCUCAGGUCGGGGACAGACUGGAGAUUCGAGACGGCGAGACGGUCUAUAGAGACAUCCGGCCCAACAAUACCCACUUGUGGUUCUACAAGAACGAGGAUGUGAUUACCAUGAACCAGCCGGACCAGUACCGCAAGGUGAUCAUCAACCUUGAGCCAUGCCGUGGAGUGGUGUAUCUUUUCGUCCGCAAGACACGGAGAUGUUAUCCGAACCCCUACAGCUGCAUCGAUACACGGCCCGGAUUUGAGAGGAGGGAUGCCGCCCUGUGCAAAUGGACACACUUCUUGUCUGAAAUUGAUGGAAGCCGGGACGGAUCUCCAACCUUUUUUGAAGUGCCGCUGUCCUCCACAAAGCACUUCAUUGCAGUUUACUCUCCGGACAACUCUGCCUAUACGCUCACGAUCCUCGCAGACAUUGGCCGCUUCCCCCGUCCCGGUUCAAACGGACGGCUGACUGCCAGGCAGCUGUCGGAGCUCCAGGUGCAGCUGUCCUGGGAUGCUGCCGGAUUCAUCCCAGAAGGCGUGGCGGAGGCAAGGCAGUACUGGGUCUAUUCCUCCAUGCUUCUCGAGUCGGACAACCGAACCAACAUGGCUGUUUUUCUGCGGCCAGACAAGAUCAUGAACACUGUCUGUGGCCUGCAAAACAACACGGACCGCCAAUACACCAUCGUACCAGCCGACCAGUGCAGCAAUGGCAAGUGCAACGUUACGAUCGAUGGAGUUCUCACCGACAAGAGGUAUGUCUUCAACGUCGUAGCCGAAUCGACCACGGGAAGUCACCGCAUGGCCUAUGCUGUGCACUCAGUGCACUGGUGA